AUGCCGUGCAGCUGGCUGCAGCGCCCCCUGCUGGUCCAUUCGGUGGGGAGCAGCGGCUGGCUAGAGCCGGCCAGACUGUGGAGAGGAGGCUUCCCCGGCCAGGAAGGCCAAGGCGAUGAUGGAUGCCAGAGAAGACCUCUCUCUAGCCUGAGAGGCAGUGGAGGUGGCGGCGGCGGCGGCAGCAGCAUCUCCUGGCGGACAGGCUGGGAGCUGAGAGCGCUGAUCCUCCCCUGGGCAGGGACUCAGGCGGGCAGCCGCGGCGAGUGCCUGCGGAACUCCCCUCCCCACAUCACCCCCCCCCCCACCCCGCUCACUUCCUGGAAGCAGCCCUGGAGGAGGUGCCAGCCAGGCGGGGGCGGGGCCCUUCAGGGGGCGGGGCGCCUCCUGGUUGGCCGCGGCGCGCCCCGCGCCAGCCAACCCGCGGCUGCCACACUGCAGGUCCGGCCCGUCUCCCCGCGGGGGCGGGACUUCCGGCUCCUCUUUAGCUUCUCGCGGAGGCAGCGCCAGGAAAGCGAAAGUCGCCGUCGCCGCCGCCGCCGCCCUCGGAGCCCCGCCGCCGCCUCGCCUCGCGCCCCGCGCCCGCCCGCCCGCCCCCGCCCGAUGGAGGCGCUGCUGCUGGCCCUGCUGCUGGCCCUGCUGCCCCUGCCCGGCCGCGCCUCCGACGUGCUCGAGCUCACCGACGACGACUUCGACUCCGGCCUGGCCGACCGCCCCGUCGCCCUGGUCGAGUUCUACGCCCCCUGGUGCGGACACUGCAAGCGCCUCGCGCCAGAGUACGAGUCGGCUGCCACGAGGCUAAAGGGCAUCGUGCCGCUUGUGAAGGUUGACUGCACAGCAAACUCAAAUACCUGCAACAAGUAUGGGGUGAGUGGCUAUCCAACACUCAAGAUCUUCAGGAACGGAGAGGAGUCGGGCUCUUACGACGGCCCAAGAACGGCUGAUGGGAUUGUGAGCCAUCUGAAGAAACAGGCCGGGCCUGCCUCUGUGGCGAUCCGUGCUGAGGACUUUGAGAGAUUCAUCAGUGAAAAGGAUGCGGCUGUGGUGGGUUUCUUCAAGGAGCUCUUUGGUGAGGCACAUUCAGAAUUCAUGAAAGCUGCAAGCAACUUGCGGGACCAUUACCGCUUUGGACACACCAGCGACGAGGGGCUGAUCAAGCAGUACGAGUCAGAUGGCGAAGGCAUCUUCCUCUUCCGUCCCCCACACCUGGCCAACAAGUUUGAGGAGAACUCGGUGCGAUACACGGAGAGCAAGAUCACCACUGGCAAGAUCAAGAAGUUUCUCCAGGACAACCUCUUUGGCAUCUGCCCUCACAUGACUGAGGACAACAAAGAGCUGAUUCAGGGGAAGGACCUGCUGGUGGCUUAUUACGACGUGGAUUACGAGAAGAACCCCAAGGGCUCCAACUACUGGCGCAACAGGGUGAUGAAGGUGGCCUCGACCUUCCUGGACGCAGGACACAAGCUCAACUUUGCCGUUGCUAGCCGAAAGACCUUUGGCCAUGAGCUCUCCGAGUUCGGACUGGACAGCAGCAGCACCAGUGAUGUCCCUGUGGUUGCUAUCAGGACAGCCAAGGGGGAGAAAUACGUCAUGCAGGAGGAGUUCUCCCGGGAUGGGAAGGCCUUGGAGAGGUUCCUCCAGGAUUACUUUGAUGGGAACCUGAAGAAAUACCUGAAAUCGGAGCCCAUCCCAGAGAGCAACGAUGGGCCUGUAAAGGUGGUGGUGGCUGAGAACUUUGAUGACAUUGUCAAUGCUGAGGGCAAGGACGUGCUCAUCGAGUUCUAUGCGCCCUGGUGUGGGCAUUGCAAGAACCUGGAGCCCAAGUACAAGGAGCUGGGGGAGAAGCUGGGCAAAGAUCCCAACAUCCUUGUAGCCAAGAUGGAUGCCACAGCCAACGACGUGCCUUCUCCUUAUGAAGUCCGGGGCUUCCCUACCAUUUACUUCUCUCCUGCGGGUAGUAAAGAGAGUCCAAAGAAAUAUGAGGGGGGCCGUGAGGUGAGCGACUUCAUCAGCUACCUGAAGCGGGAGGCCACCUACCCGCCCAUCCUGCAGGAGGAUGAGAAGCCCAAGAAGAAGAAGAAGCCGGCUCCCAAGGAAGACCUGUGAGGAGCCCUGGUGGGAGCAGCAGCAGCACCACCACCACCGUGUCUGGAGGGGCGUGGAGGCCGGAGCCCUGGGCUGCACCAUCCAGCUGUGGAAGAGGGAAGAAGCCACGAGGAGGCGCAGAGGGGGCCCUGCUGCCGCCGCUGCUGCCGCCGCCACCCUGUCCGUCUUGCCCCCCUGUCUCUUAGCUGCACUGGCCGUGGAUGCCCUGGACUGGUUGAUGUUUGGGGUGGGGGUGGGAGGGGGGCUUGUUUUCUAAUUUUUUUGUACAUUUGGAAGAGUGAUUCAAUAAAUGACCCCCUUGACCCCA